AUGGCUUCCUUCUUAUAUAAAUUAUUAUUUACCACAAAUAAAAAUAAUAAAUUUAAAUUCAUAAGACCCAUUUCCGCAAUCUCCCAAAAUUAUUCAUUAACUCACUCAACAAAAAAACAAUACCACCAUGACAAUAAUCAUAGCGAAGCAUCAAAGCUAAUAAGGAAAUUUAAUUUAACCUAUGCGGUAUCAGUCGGCCUUUUCGGUCUUGCCUACGGUAUUUACAAGUGCAGUGACAGUGACAGUGAUAGUGUCAAAAAUGCAAAAAAAAGUUUUGACAAAUACUACAAUUUACUAGUACCAAAAGUUUUCGCAAAAUCCGACUCGUCAAAUAUAGGCGAUAACCGGAGUAAAUACAAUUUCAUUGCUGAUGUUGUGCAAACAUCAUUGCCCUCAGUCGUAUAUAUUGAAAUUAAAGAUCAAACGAGACAUGAUUUUUUUACAGGAUACCCAGCUACGACUAGCAAUGGAUCAGGUUUUAUUGUCAGUGAAGAUGGACUGAUACUUACCAAUGCUCACGUCAGGCUUCAAGAUGGAUCAACUUAUACGGGAAAAGUUGAAAACGUUGAUCUGCACACUGAUUUAGCGACUGUGCGAAUUAAUAAGAAAAACUUGCCAGUGAUGAAACUCGGAAGUUCAUCAAACAUACGACUCGGUGAAUUUGUCGUCGCUAUAGGUUCACCGCUAGCGCUUAGCAAUACCAUCACUAGUGGAAUUGUUAGCGGAAAUAGACAGAGCGAAGAACUGGGUUUGGAUCAUAAACACAUGAGAUACAUUCAAACCGACGCACCAAUUACUUUUGGGAAUUCUGGUGGUCCACUAGUAAAUUUGAAUGGCGAGGCAAUUGGUAUAAAUGCGAUGAAAGUCACCCCUGGGAUUUCAUUUGCAAUACCGAUCGAUUAUGCUAAAGAGUUUUUGAGAAAAGUUCAACUACACAACCGAGACAAUGUUGGAGCUGAAAAUAAUACUGAACACGAUAAACGGCGUUAUGUGGGCAUUACGAUGCUCUCUCUUACGCCUGAUAUUCUCUUUCAGUUACAACAACGCAAUAGUAAUAUACCAAUUAAUAUAAGACAUGGUGUUCUUGUAUGGAAAGUAAUUUUGGGGUCACCUGCACACACAGGAGGUCUACGCACUGGAGACAUUAUAACACACGUAAACGACGAGCCAGUGGUUGAAGUCGCAAAUAUCUACAAAGCUAUUGAAAAACCCGGCGCCUUGAUCAUGACCGUUUUGAGAAAUGGCGAGACACUCAGGUUGCGAGUCGAGCCCGAGGAUGUUUAA